AUGUUCGGCAUGAAUUACACUGAUCCUCCUGAUCCGGCUAACAAAAAAUUGUACGAAGAUGAAUUGGAAGCUGAUGUUGGAGCUAGACGAAGAGGAAGAAGAGCGGUACACAAGGAAUUUUCACCAUACUCUGUGAUUAAACCUUUACGAUUGAAAGACAAAAUGGAAGCUAAUGCUAAUCGGUUACGGGAAGAAAAGAAAUAUUUGAAUUCGAAAUCAAUUGCUGAUGAAUUUAUCAAAUCGGAAUUGGAUGCAUUGGAUAAGGUGAUUGCUGAUGAGAAAAAAGUGGAAGAAGAAAACGGAUUUGUGUUGCUUCAAGUCACUUCAGAUAUGAUUAAGGGAUUCAAUUCUUCUAAGAAUUCGGGGGUUGGGUUGUCUUCUUCGUCUCCUGUUACUCAAACGAACACUGGAACCGUAAUUGGAACAAAUAGUGACAAGGGUAUUUUGGAUAUGAAAGACUCAAUGAAUGAGAAUGGGAAUUUGGAAAUUGAUUAUGGUAAUAAUAUGAAGAAGGAACAGGGAGCUAAUUUCUUGAACAUGGAUUUUUCGAAACCUGUUAUAUCCCCUGCAGCUAAGUUGCCUAAUGGGAAAGUUGAGUUGCCUUAUGCAGAUUUAAUGUUGGGUGGUGCCCCUUAUCAUGCAACUUUGUAUGGGUUUUUUGUGGGCAAAAAACUUGCGUUUCCAACUGUUAAUCACUUCUCUUUUAAGAUGUGGAAGAUUUUUGGGCUGAAGGAUAUAAUGGUAAAUGAUGAAGGAUUCUUUUUCUUUAAGUUUGAUUCAAAGGAAGGCAUGAUGAGUGUGCUGGAGGGAGGUCCAUGGCUGAUUAAUAAUGUACCUAUGUUCGUUCAAAGAUGGAGGCCUGGUCUUGUGCUGAGUAAACCGCAAAUGAAUUCUGUCCCUGUGUGGGUAAAAGUAUUUAAUGUUCAUUUGGAAUAUUGGAACAGCAAGGGAAUAACUUUGAUUGCUAAUGAAAUUGGGAAACCAAUUGCUAUGGAUAAAAUAACGCAGAAAAUGUGUAAUGAACAUUGGGGAAGGCCAGCUUUUAUGAGGUUUCUUGUGGAAAUAUCAGCAGAAUUUGAAUGGAUGAAGGAACUAAGUGUAGUCUCAAUUGACUUUGGGACAGGAGAAAAAGUUGAAUCAAAAUGCAAGAUAGAGUAUGCGUGGAGGCAUGAUAUUUGUAAUCACUGCAAAGUUUAUGGGCAUAAGAAUAGUAAUUGUGGGAUUUUAAAUAGCAUGAAAAAUGAUAAUGUUGCUGAUGAGACUGUUAAUUCUGGAAAAAAUGGGAAAAAAGAGCAAGUUGAUGAUGAUGGUUUUAUCUUAGUCACAAAGAAAAACAAUAAAGGACAGAAGGUUAGUCCAGGUGUGGUUAUUAAUGAAAAUGGCAAAGUUGAUUUGAUUAAGUCCUUGGAGAAAAGUACAAUCCCUGUUAGUGAAGGAGUUAAUAUUGGCAGCAAUGAAGGAAGUUCAAAAGAGAUGGGUGAUCAAGGAAAAAAUAAAAACAAACAAAUUGAAGAACAAGAAAAUCAAAAGGGAGCUCAAAAAGAAGAUCGAAUCAGUAAAGGGGUUGAAAAUCGGAAUAAUGGGGGUAAUUUUUCGAAAUAUGCUGUGGGCAAUAUCAAAAAAGAUGGGAAAGAGAAAGGGGUAUUUCAGUCAAAAGAGGGCAAAAGUGGGAAACUGAAUGGUACAGGGGUGUUUAUCCCAAAAGAAAAGUUGGGGACAAGAGUGAAGAAUGUAAUUGAAAAUUUUAAUGCUAGAAAAGAAGGAAUGCAGGUGAAAAAAGAAGAAAAUCAGAAAAAGGUGUAUGUUCCUAAGAAGCAAGUGGAUUUUAAAGUUAGUUCUAACUUUGAUAAUAUAGGUUCUACUUCUGGAAAAGAUGAUCAAGAUGAGAUAAUAUCACAAAACCCUUUUGAUGUUCUUGCUGAUUUGGGAUUAAGGGAUAUGUCUUAUUUAGAUGAAAUUGACCAGGAGAUUUUAACUGGUGGUGGCCAGGAGACAGUCACUGAAAAAAUAACUGUUGUUCAAUGA